GUACCAAUUAGAUUCGUUGCAUGUCCCACACCCUUUUAAAUAUUCCCAUCUCCUCUCCUUUUUAUUUUGCCUCUCUCAAUUCUGAUUCUUCGUUUAUGAUCUUCAUCUUUCACAUAAUCUCUCUGUCUUCUUUCCUCCAUCCAUAUUCUUUCCCUUUACUUUCCCUCAUCUCCUCAUGAUUCCAGAACUUGAGAAACCGAGGAUUACUGAGAUAAAGGUCCGGAUGGACUGUAAUGGCUGUGUCCAGAAGAUCAAGAAAGCAUUGUAUGGAAUUAAUGGCAUUUAUGAUAUCUACAUAGACUUUCCCCAGCAGAAACUCACCAUCAUUGGAUGGGCUGAGCCUGAGAGAAUCAUGAAAGCCAUUAAGAAAACAAGGAAGAUUGCCACCAUUUGUUCUGAUUCUGAACAGACGGAUCCUCAAGCUGCUCCCACUGGCCAACCGCCGGAUUAUAUGGCACCGGGCAGCGGUGAACCACCCAAUAUUUCAUCAGGUCCUCCUCCUCCUGACAUACCCGUGGGUGGUGGUCCUCCUCCUGACAUGGCCAUGGGUGGCGGGCCCCCACCUGGCCAAAUGGUCGUUCAAGAUGGUAGUUUUGAUCCAACCAACGGCCCACAACCACCGCCGCCUGGAGGAUAUGAUUCUGGACAGGGCCAUGUCAGCCACCAGCCUUCCGAUCACGGCCAUAUCGUCCAACAAUAUCCGUCAGAAUCUGGCCAUGUUGUCCAUCAUCAAGGACCAGGACCAGAACUUGGCCAUGUCAUCUCUCACCAACCUGAGUAUAGCCAUGUGGUCCACCAUCAACCAACAGAAUCCUUCCACGUAGGCCAUCAACCAUCCGAGCACGUCCACAUGGUUAACCAGCCACCUGAUUACAGCCACACAGUUCACCACCAACAGCCCCCUGAUCACAGCCAGACGGUUCAAUACCAUCAGCCACCAAAUUAUAGCCAAAGCCAUGUAGUCCAACACCACCAACCCGAAUACAGAUACGCCUCCAGCCACAACUACCACCACAACAUCCCAGGAGCGACAUCAAUGCAGCCGGCAACCGUGAUACACAGCUACAACACAUACAAGCCAUCGCCAUACAUUACCGAGUAUGUCCGACCACUUACAUGCAGCAGGCCCCCAGUAUACGCCUCUGAAUCCAUACCACAGCAGCCAACCACCCAUUACAGCCCAAGAAUGGAUCUUUACAACUACAAUGAAGACUAUUACAACACAGGCACAGGCAGUAGCAAUGGGAACAUCACAUCAAUAUUCAGCGACGAGAAUCCAAACGCUUGUAAUCUAAUGUAAAGUAAAUAGAAAGAAAAAAAAAAAGAGAGGAAAAAAACCCCAUCUGGUAAAAGAUCCUAUAGUUGAGUUGGGGAAGUGAUUUAAUGUUAGGAAGACUUUUUGAUGGGCACGCAAGGGAGAACGAAUGAGAUUCCCAACGUGGGAGUGCUGUAAGAAUCUGAUACCAAAUUCUCACCUUUUGGUGAUGGGUAGAUAGAUGAUAAACCAGGUGAAGAACAUUCUUGUAAUGGCGACGUGGGGAAUCUUGUAAAGUUGUAAAGAUUUUUAAGGCUUCAACGGCUGACAGAUGUUUACAGAAACAA